GUGGUAAUGGCGACAGUACCAAUGAAAAACAGAAUAUUGAAAAUGAUGAAGGGUUGAGUGGUUCAAUACAAGAUGUUACUAAUAGGAAUGUGAAGAUGUUAUCUCAGAAAGGUGAAUCCUUUGAUGUUAUGUUAGAAGAAGACAGAAAUGAGGAAAAUCAGCAGAAGGUACAAGACAAUAUGUUACAGCAAACUAAAAUAAAUGCAAAUGUAUAG